AGAAAUCGGACCCCAAAUGUUUCUUCAUUGACUCAGGAACUGUAGCCGUUCACUGCACUCGGGAAAAACCAUUGGAUUUGAUUUCAAUAACAUGAGGUGGGAGAAGGUAAGCGCACAAGGAAUGGGCGUUAGGCCGGGCAAGAGGUGGGGCCACACCUGUAACGCCAUUGCUGGAGGGAAGCUUCUUUACGUUUUCGGCGGCUAUGGGAAAGAUGACUGCCAGACCAACCGAGUUCACGUCUUCGACUGUGUUAAUAGGAUAUGGAGUGAGCCCGCAACAAAGGGAGCAGUGCCUAUGCCUAGGGACAGCCAUAGUUGUACAACAGUUGGUGACAAUUUAUAUGUGUUUGGGGGUACAGAUGGGACAAGGCCUCUUGGUGAUUUGCAUAUUCUGGACACUUCUUCUAACACAUGGAUCUCGCCAAGUUUAAGAGGUGAUGGGCCUGAACCAAGGGAAGGCCAUAGUGCAGCCCUUAUCGGUAGACGACUCUUUAUCUUUGGUGGAUGUGGAAAAUCUGAGGACAGGGAAAUAUACUAUGAUGACCUUUACAUAUUGAAUACAGAAACGUUCAUGUGGAAACGUGUUGUACCAUCUGGCACACCACCAACUAAGCGUGAGAGUCAUAGCUGUUCAUCUUGGAGGAACAAAAUCAUUGUCAUUGGCGGGGAAGACACGUGCAAUUUCUACUUAUCUGAUGUACACAUUCUUGACACAGAUUCAUUUGUUUGGAGCAAAUUAUACACUACAGGCCAGUUAUUAUCACCUCGAGCUGGGCAUACAACUAUUGCCUUGGGCAAGUACUUAUUUGUCUUUGGCGGUUUUUCUGAUGAGGAGAACUUGUAUGAUGAUGUUUAUAUGCUUGAUGUUGAUGCUGGUGUAUGGAACAAGAUUAUGGCUACUGGUGAUGGCCCUUCAGCAAGAUUCUCAAUGGCCGGAGAGUGUCUUGAUCCACAUUUAGGAGGUCUUCUUGUCUUUUUAGGUGGCUGCAAUAAGAAACUUGAAGCAUUGGAUGACAUGUAUUUCUUACAUACAGGGCUUGUUGGGGAAAAUGAACAAAAUGAUAGGAGGACAGAGAAGUUAUCUUUGAGAAAGCAGCUUAAGUUAAAGUGCCAAGAGCAGCAAGCUUGUCUCGCAGAAGGCAGGGGACGUAAUGUUUUUAUGCAUGAAAACCGAAAUCCUCUGGGGAAGAAAACCUUUCAUGCCAAGGUGACCAAAACUUUUCCAGAUGGCUAUACCAUUGAAACUGUAAUAGAUGGAAAACAUCUCUGUGGAGUAUUAUUUUCCAGAAAUCCAAAAUCUGUGAAGUUACCUUCUGUUGAUUCUGAUGGGAAAGUUGAAGCUAUGGAGAUUGAUGGUGGUAACAAGCUGUCCAAGGAUCCCGAUUGUACAUCCGAUGCAACAACAACACUUGCUUGUACAGAGCAGAAUGUUAAAGAUAUCGGGCAGGUGGAUGCUCUUGGUGGGAAUUUGAAAAUGUCAGCCUCCCAAACAGAAGAUGCUACCGUUGGAAUUAGAAACCCACCCGCUUCCUAUGCUUCACCCUCUCAGGAGGAAUUGACUGAAUUCUCGGAUAUCACUCAAACCCCAGUUUCCUGAUUCAUGGGUUUUCUCGACUCUAAACAUAGGCAUCAUGUCGGUGACACCACUUUCCAAGAAUUCUUAGCAAUCACAAACCAAUCCAAACAUGGGCAUCAUAAACCAUCAUUCAGCAUGUCACCAUUUCACAGAUGUAAAAGAGUUGCUUGUUUCUUUGAGAAUUCAAUCCAUAGGGAUGAAGGAUUUGUCUGAAUGCAUUGUUUAAAACAAUACCUUGGCAGCUCCCUGGAACCUCAACACAAUCGGUGCCAUUGAAAUCUAAUUUGGAAUCUAGUGGUGCGAAUGAUGUGUCCAUGACUAAUGCUCAAUUCCCCAAGGAGAAUACUUCUUCCCUAAACUAAGGGUGUUUCUUGAUAUGGAAGUUAUCAAAUUGUAGAGUUGAGAUUAACACGGGAGAUCUAACUUGCCUGUGAGGGAUUAUUCUAUGAUGAUAGGGAGGACCAAUUUUGUAGCAUAGAGGCUCUUCCCUUGUGAAUCUAUACAUUUCACCGGCCAAAAAAAGGUUUAGCUGGUUG